AUGGUUGUUAACUUUCCUCUAUAUCUACUGAUCAGUUACGAGGGAGGCGUUUCAGCCACAAGUUGGGUGGCAGUUCCAUCCAUCAUAGUUUCACAGAUUAGUUUCUUCCAGUGGGAAGGCCCUUCCUUGGGCAUUCCAACCACUACGUUCAACCUGGUUAGCAGCUUUAGCCCCCCACUGGUGAUACUCGUCCUGCCCGGUGAUAUAUUUCCUACUACCCUGUACCCGCCGCCUAUCGAGUCUCCCUACACGCCGCAGGUGGGUGUCGUCAAUGGUUCGUCGUAUACUGUCUUUAGCGGCACCAUCACAUUGAAUGAUGGAGGAAUUUCUCUUGUCAUAGACCUCCUUUCUCCCACUACAACAACCCAAACAGUCAUUGAGAUGGUCUUUGUAGAGGGCAGCACAGUCACCAUAUCAAUAGUUGUAGUUGUUAUCCUCCCUACAACGCCCGCAGUGUCCCUGACUGAGAAUACCCUAACCAGCAUGAUAUCAGCCUCGGGCAGCGUCAUGUUUACCUGGAUGGAGGAGCAAAUCAACAGCCUGGCCACCAUUGACUCCACCACCACCAUCACCACCACCACAACAAGGGACUCCACGACAACCUCCAUCGUCAUUCCCGUCAACACCGGCGGCUUCUACUGGUCUCCCGUGUUGAACCCUGACAUUCCGGUGCCCACGGUGAACCCCCCAGAGUUGCCCCCAAUCCCUGACGCCCCCUGCUUCACGCUGUUCGAUAUAUUCACCAUUGACUGUCCGCCCAAUAAAGACAAAUCACAAAAGACAACCCACUACACCAGCGCAAGGAGCUCCCCCACCUGCUCCCCCAGCACCGCUAGCUCCUGCGGUAAAUUCUGCACCAGCAACUGCGAUGCAUCAUCAACGUCCACCACAUCGACGUCCACCACAUGCAUCUCUAAGUCUGCAGUUACGGACUACUGGGUCUCCUGCGAUGGUACGGCAUGUUCGACCACCAGUUCUGCCCAAAUUACCGGAUGCGAUGUCACAGCCAUGACAACCACCACAGGCUCUUAUUGUCUGGCCAGUGGCGUCGAUGUUUGGUCCACAGAUGAUCAAGGCGAGGACGGCGCUCAAUAUUACACUGCAACCACCACAACUAUUCCCGAGGAGAUUGUGGCCGCUGGAACAACCUACGUAGUCGGCGCCAAUGGGGCUGUCACACUUGGCAACGGCAAUAUCAUCACCGUCCCUACUGAGACAGCAGGCACAACUGUGCUAACCAUCAGCUCAAACACAAUCACCGUCGAUCCAGCAGUUGAGACCAUCAUCACCGUCGUCAUCAUUGGGACAACAUCAGCCAUAACCACGUCUUCAGUCUCAACUACGCAUGCUGGUUCAACGACGACUACUACUCUGCCACCCACUACGAUAACCGUCACACCCACGCCCACAUCGGCUACCUGUUACUUCUGGGACGAGGGUUGGGGAUAUACUUUUGAGGUAUUUGGCAUCUCGGGUUGGGUGACAGAUGGAGGUUCUUCACUGCAUCAUCAAGAGGAUGGCUGUGGAGCAUUGACUGGCUGGUCUUGGACAGCUGCUACUUCCACCACAGAUGCAUAUGUUUACUUCAAUUUACCAUUUUUUAUCAAAGCUGGAUGCGUGGAACGAGCUAUUGUCUCUGCAGGUGGUCCAAAGAUCUCUUGUCAAGGUCAGGGUCUCGCUAAACGUCGGGAGUCUCUGAAUGUUGGUGUUCCUCCAUCAUUCACAGAGGAAGAAAACGAAGCCUUCAAGGCAUUUUAUGCGAAUGCAACGACGUAUUAUCCAUAUAAGCCGAUGAUCUGGGCAGUUGCAAGCAUUACAGAGUCAUUAAUUACCAGCAUUAUCAUAGAUUCAUAA